AUGACGUUAGAAUCUGGCCCUCUGAAAAGAAUUGACAGUGACAUUGUAAACAAGCAGCAGGCAGAAUUAUCUCCUGCAAAUUGUAACCAAACUUGUUGGUCUGAGCAAGUGACUGAACUGGAAAUGGCCACCCAGAGUGACUUGACUAAACUGGAUUAUCAUACGGCUUAUAGUUCGGUGUCACCUCUGUACACCAAUCCAUUUAACCACACAGACAUUGUAUGUGGAAAAAAUUUCAUACGGCAAUUUGCUCAGACUUUCCUGCCAUUGUUUUUCUGGAUUAUAUUCUGCAUUGGAACAGUGGGCAAUGCCUUAGUCAUCUUGGUCUACUGGAAAUACAGACACAGGAAGCGCACCACUGAUAGAUAUCUGCUACAUCUUGCCAUUGCUGAUCUGCUGCUCCUUUUCACACUCCCUUUGUGGGCUAAAGCAGCUACAAGUGGUUGGAUCUUUAAGAAUUUCAUGUGUAAAGUUGUCAAUAGCAUGUACAAGAUCAACUUCUACAGCUGUAUGUUGUUUCUAAUGAGCAUUAGUUAUGAAAGGUACUUUACAAUAGUCCAGGAAAUGAAAGCUAAGAACUCGAAGCAAAAAAGGCUUCUGCGCAGCAAACUAGUUAUCUUUGGCAUUUGGCUUAUUGCAAUAGGCUUGUGCAUCCCAGAAAUAGUGUACAGUGAAACUAAGCAAGCUAAUGAUAUAAUUACUUGCAAAAUGACAUAUCCUCCCAGUGUUACACGAACCAUCAAAGUUACUGUCCUAUCUUUGAAAAUCAUAGUAGGGUUCCUCCUUCCUCUCUUUGUCAUACUUACUUGUUAUGCUUUUAUAAUCCAUGCCCUUCUUCAAGCCAAAAGAUCCCCAAAACAAAAAUCAUUAAAGAUCAUCAUCCUUAUUAUCACAGCUUUCCUCCUCUCCCAGUUGCCCUACAACAGCAUUUUGCUGGUUAAAACUAUGAACACCUACACCAUGGUCAGAUAUGACUGCAACACCUCGGACAACAUUGACCUUGCAUUCCAGAUAACUCAGAGCAUUGCCUUCCUUCACAGCUGCCUGAACCCUUUCCUCUAUGUAUUUGCUGGGGAGAGAUUCCGUAAAGCCCUCUUUAAAAUUUUGGAGGGUGAGACUCAGUGCGGUAGAAAGAGAAGAGAAUGGAGCUCUUCUGUUUACGAUAGCCAGGAAUGUAACUCAAAUAGGUCAUCUAUGUUAUAA